AUGCGAACAGCCACAAUCCCAAAAUCCAAAACUGAAGCGCUCACGAAGACACCCAGCACCCUUGCUGGAAAAGGUGCUAGCAGACGACGGUACCGACACUACACAGACCCAGCUCGUGCAGCCCAGUUCCUGCCGCAGCUUCUGAGACCCGGUCCACGUACACAAACCUUGCCGAUCCUACCUCCUUCAAGAAUGCAUCUCGCCAAACCCAGCUUCAAAAUCUCGAGCAAAAACCAACCCAAGGGACAACAGCCUAACGGUAGGUCUUGUGCUGCCGAACCAGCACGAAUGAACCAACCUCACAGUCCCAAGCCAGCUUCCAUACAAUUCGGUGCUUGA